AUGUCGAUAAAGAGCUUGAGCGGCGCCGGUGGCACUUUGCAGGCCUCGCCUCCCUUCCCGGGCGUCGUGGGCGUGGAGAUUUGCUCCAUAUCUGGCCAGCGACUCAAGAGUACGUUUCACCUCGGGCGAAAGUCGCGGCCUUCGAUAAGCGGAAGCCGCGCAAGAGCGGACGUGAGGAAGCCGUUUGUUGUGUCCCUGUUGGCCACGCUUGAGGCCGAACUCGUGCCUGCCGUUCCUGACGUGCCCACUGGUUUGUGGCGUUUCUGUGUGGGAGCGCUUGCUGGUGUCGACUGUGAGGACGUAUUAUUUCGCGAGGUCGGCGGCGCUCGAGUAUCUACAACACUGCCGAAACGGUCGAUCGGCAGAUUUGUCCGGUUGCGUGACGCAGCGGUGGCUGCCCGCUGGGGCCUUGACGAAGCUUGGGGAACAGUCAGUCGCGGAGACUGUCCAUCGAGGCAGGAGUACUGA